GAUUAGUCGGAAGGUGGGGUGUCAAGGUUUAUGGUGGCGCUGUCCCCACGGCCUCUCCUCAUUGUCCGUAUCAGCACCGGCAGCUGCCUCAGCUUUCACUAUCAUCUCCAGCAUGGCGUACAGUACCGAGCACAAGGCCCAGGCCAACACCUUGGAGUACAGGAUCUUCUUCAAGAACUGCAAUGGCCAAUACAUCUCUCCGUUCCAUGACAUACCCCUGUAUGCAGAUGAAGAAAAGAACAUUUUCAACAUGGUUGUGGAAGUACCAAGAUGGACCAAUGCAAAAAUGGAGAUUGCCACAAAAGACCCAAUGAAUCCCAUCAAGCAAGAUGUCAAGAAAGGCAAGCUACGUUACGUGGCUAACGUUUUUCCUCACAAAGGCUACAUCUGGAAUUAUGGGGCAAUUCCUCAGACAUGGGAGAACCCAGCUCAUAUUGAUGAGAACACAGGAUUUGGUGGCGAUAAUGAUCCAAUUGACGUUUGUGACAUCGGAAGCAAGGUUUGUGAAAGAGGAGAGGUAAUUAAGGUUAAAGUCCUUGGCACCCUGGCUUUGAUUGAUGAAGGAGAAACGGACUGGAAAAUCAUUGCAAUUAACGUUGAAGACUCAGAAGCUUCCCUCUACAAUGAUAUCGAAGAUGUCAGAAGACUGAAACCCAAUUAUCUAGAAUCCACCGUUGAUUGGUUUCAGAGGUACAAAGUUCCAGAUGGAAAGCCAGAGAAUCAGUUUGCCUUUAAUGGAGAGUUUAAAAAUAAGGACUUUGCAAUAGAAAUAAUCAAAAGUACGAACACUCAAUGGAAAGCACUUGUGACAAAGAAGGCAGACAGAGGAGAAAUUGAUUGUAUGAAUACAACAAUACAAGAAAGCGGUUUUGUCUGCAAGCAAGAUGUAGCUAAAGCCGUUGUGGAAGCUGCCCCUGCUAGUGGACCUGACAGCCCAAUCCCUGCAGACGUGGACAAGUGGUUCUAUUAUCAGAAGAACUAAUUAUAAAGUGAAAGAGACUGUCAGCAAUUGUUGCAUGUCGUCUGCCAGACAUUCGAAUCUGCAGGAUAUUGGUUGAAAAUCCAUAACAGAAAACGAUUUUAACUCUUGAGUGCUAAAUAGCUUACUAUGCCAUGCAUUGUGCUGAAGCAUCAAAUGGACGAAUAGCAUGAUAAUUGACCAAGACAACAAUCAUCUGAACUCUAACAACAACAAUCUAUGCUUUUAUUGAGACUUUGCAGGAUAAUUGGGCAGUGCAAACCUUUUUUUCUGUGCAACCGUAUUAUUGGUUUAUUUUAUUCUUUUUGUGACAGCAGAAUUGGCAUGCAAUAAAUGAUAAAAUGGCUAUUUAACAAACCAACUACUGUGUAGGAUCUCCCAUUACGAGAAGGAAAUAAAUUCUAGUUUUGUUGACAAA